GGGGCGGGCAGCGGAGAGUGCGAGGCUCUUUUGUUCGGCAGAGGGGGAAGGCCGUUGGUCCGGGCCUUCGGUACGUCGCUUCAGUGAGGGUCUCGACUGCGGCUCCUCGCCUUGUUGCUUUUGUGGGCGUCACUCCCCCGACCGGCCCGACGCGACGCGCCUGUAGCGCGGCACCGAUUCCCCUCGGGCUCUUGGGCGCUGCUCUGAGCAGCGUCACCUUUUACACCAGAAAGCUGGCGGGCACUAUGGGGAAAAAACAAAACAAGAAGAAAGUGGAGGAGGUGCUAGAAGAGGAGGAAGAAGAAUAUGUGGUGGAAAAAGUUCUCGACCGUCGAGUGGUAAAGGGCAAAGUAGAGUACCUCCUAAAGUGGAAGGGUUUCUCAGAUGAGGACAACACAUGGGAGCCAGAAGAGAACCUGGAUUGCCCCGACCUCAUUGCUGAGUUUCUCCAGUCACAGAAAACAGCUCAUGAGACAGAUAAAUCUGAGGGAGGCAAGCGCAAAGCUGACUCUGACUCUGAAGAUAAGGGAGAGGAAAGUAAACCAAAGAAGAAGAAGGAAGAGUCAGAAAAGCCACGAGGCUUUGCCCGGGGUUUGGAGCCGGAGCGGAUUAUUGGAGCUACAGACUCCAGUGGCGAGCUCAUGUUCCUGAUGAAAUGGAAAAACUCUGAUGAGGCUGACCUGGUCCCUGCCAAGGAAGCCAAUGUCAAGUGCCCACAGGUUGUCAUAUCCUUCUAUGAGGAAAGGCUGACGUGGCAUUCCUACCCCUCGGAGGAUGAUGACAAAAAAGAUGACAAGAAUUAACUCUACUGAGUACCAGCCCCUGUCACAUGACCGUGGGUUUAAAGUGGGGAGGGAAGGAGUUCUACUUGUCUUGACACCAUAGAAGUGGCUUGAGAAGAUGUCCUUUGAAGAGCCGGUAUAGUUUCUGUGCCCUGCAGCAGCCCAAGUGCUUUAAAGCCGUUCCAUGUUGUAUAGAUCGCACACCCAUCCCAGUGGAGGGGAAGGGGUAAGUGUUUCAAGGCAACCCAUUCUGCACUUUGCUGAGAAAAGCAAAGGGCCUUCUAUGAAGGACAAAACUUACAGAGUGGGUGUGUGGGAGAGCAAAGAGAUACUGUAGAUCUUCAAAGAGCAUCUCCACAACCCACAGCCUUCUUCCCCAUAAUGUUAACUCUGCAUUUUUACAACGUAGCAUGUGUGUAGUUUUUGGCUAUUACUGGUGUAUUAUUUGGGGGUGGGAGGGAUGGGUAGAGAAGAAGGGAGAUGGGUAGAAUCAUUUUUGUUAAAAUUUGGGGCCUGAUUGGGGAAAUGGUGAAACGAUAGAACAAACAACUAUUGAUUUCGUUCUAUGUCCAGAACAUUCUAGCCUUUAAAAAAAAAAAAAAAUGUCAUUGGCAACAUAAAUGAGGACUGUGA